AUGGUAGUGAAGGCGUGGAUCCGGAGGAUGAGCGAGGGUGGGGGCGAGGCGGGUCGCGGCGCGGAGGAGAGCCCGCCCAGCCGCUGGCCCGUGGGCAUCCUGCGGCGCAGCGGCGCGCGCGCGGCCCGCCGCAUGCUGCACGUCAAGUACCGCAGCGUGCCGCCCGAGCCCGCGUCCCAAUCCUCACCACAUCCGACACAAACUCAACCCGACAACGAAGACACAGUUUCCUGCUUCUGUAGCAUAGCUUCACAAGCCUUGCACAAAAAUGUUCACUGUGCUCUCCAUGACGUGGAGAGAAAAAGCAGCGGCGUGUCUGUGAAAAGAGUGAAAACCUAUGUUUACCAGCGUUAUUGGUCGUCCCUGCCUGCACCCCCUGCCCAAGUGCCCACCCACCACCCACGAGCCGCUCCCUCCGCUCUCGCCGCUGCCGAUCAGCUGUUGUCGCGGAUUCCCGUCGCCCUACCGCAACUGAUAAACCGCCCCGUGAAUGACAUCUGCGGGCGGUUGGGUGUCAGCGGGUGGGUGGCGGGCGGCGGCGGCGGCAGUUUCGCGCGAGCCGCGACGCGAGUGACACGGGUGCGAUGGUCUGUGGGGCCCAACCGCUGGGAAGUAUUGGAAGCGCCGCGCUCGCGCCCGGAUAGUGCAGUGUGCCCAUGUGCCGCGAUGCUGCGCUCGCCCGGCUCCGGCGGCACGGUGGGGCUGCCCCUGCCGCCGCCACAACACGCAAGACUCUCGCUAUUUGACUCUUGCCACAGAAAAAUAAGACUAAUCGGCGGUGGGCCAGUAGCUUUUUUAGGAGGACUCGUCGCGUGAGUUGAUCCUUGGUUAUCCUAAGAUUAGUAUUAUUGUGUGAUACAGUGAGCGUGCACCGGUUUGUGCGUUAGGUACUCGCCUACCUAACGGUGUGCUCGCAACGACACGCUCUGAAUGCUGCUCGUACAAAACGCGAGACAGCUUCCGGAACGCAUCUCGCGCUCCCUGCUGGCGCGACACUCGACCUCAAUCACCUCCGCAUUGUUUAUUAUCCAUUGAACGACAAUAACAGUCUAGUGACCUAAUUUUUAUGUGUA